UGCAAGUUCUGAUGGGAUUCGGAUGAUACCUAAGCUUCAUAUGGAUAUACACUAUCUUUCUCAAAGAGAACCGACAUAAUGACAACUCGUUUGCCACCCGCUAUGGCCCAGACAAACAACACUGAGAGUCGAAGACAGGUUUCCACAUUAACAGGGGGCGCGCUUAUCAAUGGAAAAUGGCUUUGCGAUUGCGUCCCACGCCUUCCAGCGAUAGAGCUGGAGGCGAGAAAGAGUGGAAAAAAUCAUGGGCGGAAGUUCUAUAGAUGUGCCAAACCGGAACGCAAGCGCUGCAAAUUCUUCAUCUGGGACGAUGAGGCCAGGCGCCGCUCCGGACGGGGCUUAAUGACGAACUCGAGGACGGAGACGAAGAAUACGAUGGGUCGCGCUCCGAUGACGCCAUCUAUCUCGCGAAUGAGGGAUGCCAUGCAAAUGGGUUUGCUGACACCCGAGAAUACAGCUCAGAAGAGAACGCGGGAUGGCGAGGACGAUGUGGCCGCGUUGGAAAAGAGUCCGAGCAAGACACAGCGGGUUGGGACGCACAAGGACAACCACUUGCUGACUAACUGGUUAAAGAAACUGGAGCGUCCGAAGGAGAUGGAAGAGCAAAAACUGGUGCAGGAGGAGGAUGAUGAUGAUGAUGACCUUUCUUUUGGAUGGGCCGAAGAGAUGGACCAGGAGGCGGCGAAGUUGAUGGAGAGCCAGGAAAGGACCGGGUCGACUUUGAGAGCCAAUAUGCCCAAGAUCCAGGUGAAUGAACCGCCGGAAACUAAAGGUUCCAACAUGGAAAGGAAUAUCACUCCUCCUCCGCUUGCCCCACCAUCAGGCGCCUUGCACCAUUCUGUUCCGUCCAAGAGAACAAAUCCACUUCCACCUCCAACACCGACACCCGCGCGUUUUGCAUCUACACCACUUAUGCGUGGCUAUUCACUGCGCUCACAGCAUCAGCAACAACAUUGCAAACUUAUUUCUGAUACGCUUGGUCUUCUGGAAUCACAUCACAUUUCUCUUCCAGAAAAGGCUAGAAAUGAUCUAGUGAACCUUUUGGAUACAUAUGAUUUACGGACACUGAGUAUUACUAAAGGCAGAGACGUCUCUAGAAUGGCUAUUAAGACCAGAGAUGCGAGGAUUAAGGAGCUGCGUGGAAGAAUUGAGUGUCUUGAGGCGGAGAGGGAACAUCGAAAGGGCAAGGUAGCGGGAGUCUGAAGCCGGAUGAGAGAACGAAAUGACCCUAUUCGAGCAGUUUACUUGGUUUUGUUUCAGUGCUGGUUGCCGGUGAAGUAUUGGAUGUUGCUUAUGUUGAUGAAUCUACUCGUAUAUUACGGGGCCACAUACAUUUUUAGUUAUGUAGUUACAUGGAUAAGAUAGUUUCAAUGAUACCCCUAUUUACUUAACUA